CCGUGUAAAAGUUGUCUACAAAAGAGCCCUCCAAAAUAAUCAUAUGAUCAUGAUAUUGUUCCACCGCGUGGCGUCACACAACUGGUCGGUCUGAUUUACUCGUCACACCAUCAGUCGCCGUCGGGCCGGCAUCCAUCUGUGAUCUAUCUGAUCGACAGCACUCAAGCUCCUUGCCUCACGUCGACGACGAAGACGACGUCGCACGACUGCAAAGAUGGAAGACGAGACUGCCGAAAUAGAGCUGCUCGAACAGAAUCUGAACAAGACGCUCCAGACCUCUGCGCGCAUGACAGCUAUUCUAAACGCGUUUGACACGCGGCUUGCGAAGCUCGAGCGGUCCAUCAGGCCUUUGUACGAUUCUACGCAGGUGCUCAAUCGGAGGGCAGGCAACAUAGAGAAGGCGCUGGCCAAGAUCGACGAGGUGGCGAGUAACCAGGAGGGAAUAGCUGCGGAAGAGGCAUUGAUCUUGCGAGGCCCGCAACCGAACCAGCUGACGACCUACACCGAGGCCCUGGACCGCCUCAACGCCUCUAUCGCGUUCAAGUCCGGCGAUCGUGAUGCGCAAGACACAGCACGGCUGAUCGAAACGGGCGCGAAGAAGCUCGCGGGGACGUUCACGAAGCUCGUCGCCGAGGCGUCCGCGAGCUCAGCAGCCUUCCCAGCUUCCACCGUCGCAACGCUGCGGCCCCUCGUCGCGUUUAUACGUACGCUGCCCCUCCCCGCGACGCACCCGUCGCACCCCGCUGCCCCGGCGAUCAUGUCUGCGCUCAAGGACGCGCAGCGCGGGUAUGCGGAUAUGCGCGGCAAUUGGGCACGCCGUGCGCUCGAGGCGGGUGGAAAGCGCGUCGUGGACCGGGCGGAGUCUGGCGAGAGUCUGGUUGUGGGACGGGAGUUCGGGGACUGGGUCGCGGGCGUGUUGGCUGUUGCUGAUGAAGAGUAUCUACUGAUCAAAGAACUGUCCCCGCUGUCGUCCCCGAAUGCGGUCGCGACAUCGUACAACACGCUGCUCAACCCGAUCCUCGCGCUAUUCAGCACGACGCUGACCUCGCUCGUCGCGCUCAUCAAGCGGUCUCUCAGCAAACACGCGUUCCUGGCCUUGGCGGCGAACGAGGCGCUACUGACGCUGCAGGACCAGUGGGACGUGCUCCUGGCCCGCCGGGGGUCCGAGAAUGCUAAGUCGAACGAGCUGAAGGAUGGGCUGGGGACGCUGCGUGGGGUGUGUCUGCGGUCGUUCCCCGAGUUCCUCGCCGAUAUCAAGAUGGCGUCGCUGAGCAAGGGCGGUUCGGACACGAGCACGGCCACCGCGGACUUUGUGGUUAGCGCCGUCAAGUAUCUUGAGCGGCUGCCCGAUGUGCAGGAGGCUGCGUCGUCGGCACUGCUGCAGCUCGGGGACGGGAAUUGGAAGAUGGGUGAGGGCGUGCAAGUCGGAAAGGGCAACAAGCUCGGGGAUGGCGAUGAGCAGGUCAUCCUUGAGCACUUCGUUUACGACGUAAUCACGACUGCAAUCAGCAGUUUAACGACCAUAUCGCGCACACAACGCCGCGGGGCUUACGGCUCGAUCUACCUCCUCAACAACAUCUCCUAUCUACGGAGGAGCACGCUCGAGGCGCCCUCGAACGAUGCCCUGAUUGACCUGCUCUCCAAGCCGACCCAGGACGCGAUCAACUCCGCGUCGCGCACCGCCAAGGCGGGGUACUUCGAUGCCAACUUCUCUCCGCUGCUGCAGACGCUCACAGACGAUGCGGGUGCGAAGGGGAGCUCCGGGAAAUCGGCGGUCAAGGAGAAGUUCACGCGGUUCUACGAGCUGUUGGAUGAGGUGCUCGAGCGACAUAAGAAUGCGCGGAUCCUGGAAGACGACGACGAGGGCAGGGAGGAUGUCGGCGAGGACGUGGUCAAACUUGUGGUUCCUAGUCUGGUCAGGUUUACGACCAAGCACAAAGAGAAGGAGUUUAGCAAGAAUCCACAAAAAUAUAUCAAGCAAUCGUCAGAGGCUGUCGAAGCCCAGUUGAGAGCCAUAUACCGAUAGAUUGUUGUCUGCUCUCCUGGGUUGUAUUUUUACUCUGUAUGUCUAUAUAUACUUGCAUGUCCCGCACUUGGUAUAUUCUUGUGCCCUGAGUAUAGCAAUCGGGGCUUCCAUUGCUCUCACGGUUUGAUUUCAGCUAAAAGUAGAUCUCAUGCAUUUGUUGAAGAACCCAAGAUUUUCCUCUUCGAGUCUCUUGCUCUAGAGCCGAGCGACAUGAACGAGCCCGAGAGGUGUGGCCUACACAGUGAGCGGCGGGAC